CGCGGCGGCAGGUCGGGAGCUGACAAGAUGGCGGCUGGCGGGGCUGGCGCUGCGACGCCCGAGAGCCGGCUGCUGCCUUACGCGCUGCACAAGUGGAGCUCUUUCUCCUCCACCUACCUCCCCGAGAAUAUUUUAGUGGAUAAGCCAAAUGACCAAUCUUCACGAUGGUCUUCAGAGAGCAAUUACCCUCCCCAGUACCUGAUUCUCAAGCUUGAAAGGCCUGCUAUAGUCCAGAGUAUCACAUUUGGAAAAUAUGAGAAAACUCAUGUCUGUAAUUUAAAGAAGUUUAAAGUCUUUGGUGGAAUGAAUGAAGAAAACAUGACAGAGCUGUUAUCCAGUGGCUUAAAGAAUGACUAUAACAAAGAAACAUUCACCUUGAAGCAUAAAAUUGAUGAACAGAUGUUCCCAUGUCGAUUCAUUAAAAUAGUUCCACUAUUGUCCUGGGGACCUAGCUUUAACUUCAGCAUCUGGUAUGUUGAACUUAAUGGCAUUGAUGAUCCUGAUGUUGUGCAACCCUGUCUCAACUGGUAUAGCAAGUACCGUGAACAGGAAGCCAUUCGCCUUUGUCUAAAACACUUCCGUCAACACAACUACACUGAAGCUUUUGAAUCACUACAGAAAAAAACCAAGAUUGCACUGGAACAUCCCAUGUUAACUGAUCUGCAUGACAAACUAGUGUUGAAGGGUGAUUUUGAUGCUUGUGAAGAGUUGAUUGAAAAAGCUGUAAAUGAUGGUUUGUUCAAUCAGUAUAUCAGCCAACAGGAAUAUAAGCCACGGUGGAGUCAGAUCAUCCCCAAAAGCACCAAAGGUGACGGAGAAGAUAGCAGACCAGGAAUGAGAGGUGGACAUCAAAUGGUUAUCGAUGUUCAGACAGAGACUGUUUAUCUGUUUGGUGGCUGGGAUGGAACACAAGAUCUGGCUGACUUCUGGGCAUACAGUGUGAAGGAGAACCAGUGGACUUGUAUAUCUAGAGACACUGAGAAAGAGAAUGGACCUAGUGCCAGAUCUUGUCAUAAAAUGUGUAUUGACAUUCAGCGAAGACAGAUCUAUACACUGGGACGUUACUUGGAUUCCUCUGUGAGAAACAGCAAAUCUCUGAAAAGUGACUUCUACCGCUAUGACAUCGACACAAAUACAUGGAUGUUGCUAAGUGAGGACACUGCUGCUGAUGGAGGACCCAAGUUGGUGUUUGAUCAUCAGAUGUGUAUGGAUUCUGAAAAACACAUGAUCUAUACUUUUGGUGGAAGAAUUUUGACUUGUAAUGGCAGUGUAGAUGACAGUAGAGCCAGUGAACCUCAAUUUAGUGGUUUAUUUGCUUUUAACUGCCAAUGUCAAACAUGGAAACUUCUUCGAGAGGAUUCCUGUAAUGCUGGACCUGAGGACAUCCAGUCCCGAAUAGGACACUGCAUGCUUUUCCACUCAAAAAAUCGUUGCUUAUAUGUAUUUGGUGGUCAGCGAUCGAAAACCUACUUGAAUGAUUUCUUCAGUUAUGAUGUAGACAGUGACCAUGUGGACAUCAUAUCAGAUGGCACCAAGAAAGACUCUGGGAUGGUCCCAAUGACGGGUUUUACACAAAGAGCAACCAUUGAUCCAGAACUUAAUGAAAUACACGUACUAUCUGGACUCAGCAAAGACAAAGAGAAGAGGGAAGAGAAUGUCAGGAACUCCUUCUGGAUUUAUGACAUUGUGAGAAAUAGUUGGUCUUGUGUCUAUAAAAAUGAUCAAGCUGCAAAGGAUAAUCCAAGUAAAAGUCUACAGGAGGAGGAACCAUGCCCAAGAUUUGCCCACCAACUUGUAUAUGAUGAAUUACACAAGGUUCAUUAUUUGUUUGGUGGAAAUCCUGGUAAAUCCUGUUCUCCAAAGAUGAGAUUGGAUGAUUUCUGGUCACUGAAACUCUGCCGUCCUUCAAAGGAAUACUUGUUGAGGCAUUGUAAAUAUCUCAUAAGGAAACACAGGUUUGAAGAAAAAGCUCAGACUGAUCCUCUUAGUGCUCUGAAAUAUUUGCAGAAUGACCUUUAUGUAACUGUGGAUCAUUCAGACCCAGAGGAAACAAAAGAGUUUCAGCUCCUAGCGUCAGCUCUGUUCAAGUCUGGCUCAGAUUUCACAGCACUAGGCUUUUCGGAUGUGGAUCACACCUACGCUCAAAGAACUCAGCUCUUUGAUAUCUUGGUAAAUUUCUUUCCGGACAGCAUGACCCCUCCAAAAGGAAACCUGGUCGACCUCAUCACACUGUAACUGAAGAGUCAUUUGGAUCACACCUAUGAAGAAAAGAAGUCUAUGUUCAGUAUUUGGGAUUUUGACUGUGUUGACUGACAAGUUGCAGUGAUAGAGGACUACAUCAGAUCUUUGAAGGGAUCUCACUGUUUUCAAUUUUGACCCUCUUCCUUCAUACCCUCAGCUCACCACACUUUCCUCACCCUCUUCCUAAAUUAGGCUAAUAAAGUGGAAUUGGUAUUCUUUCCCAUUUAAAUUUUUUUCCUUUGACUUUUAAGAGUUAUUGAAUGUAAAAAAAAAUUCAGGUAGUUAUCCCUUUUUAUCUUGGGGAGGGAAUGAUUUGGGCAUCUGGGAUAGGCACCAACAGAGAGACUGUUUUGUGUGUCUUAAUGGGUUGUUUUUGGUUCCCAUGCCCCUUUGCUCCUCCACCCUAUUUCUCAGAGCUACUUGUAAGCAGCUGUGUCACUUGCUUUACCUCUUGACAUUGUUCGUGGCAAUUAUGUAAUUCUGCAGGACACUUGGUAUUUGUUAAGGUAAUGUAUGCGUCCGUGUUGACUUGAGUAUUAUAAUUACAUUGUACAAUAACAGAGGGCUCGGAUUCAUACUCUUCUCAACUAGAAAGUGAAACUUUGACCUAGGCGCCUGGCUGAGUUUGGUAUACAGUAUUAAGAUAGAAAUGUAGUAGAUACUCUUGAAAACAUCUGACUUCUGCUCAUAUAAGCCUUAAACUGAGAAAAUGGAGGUCAAGUUUGAACAAGUUAACCACUUGAGAAGUAGCCAGCAGAGGGGAGGGAGCUUGCUCUCUCUCCUUGUGGAACGCACAGCAUCUUCUACCUGCCCCUGUGUGCUCUGCUUCUCCACAGCUUGUAAUUUGGGCUAGCAGAGCCAUAUACUGUUUAACUCCUUGUACCUGUUUCUAUGUGCUUGGUUUGUGGAAAGUAGUUUAAAAAGGUAAAAAGGCUCUUUUUGUCAUUGUCCAGUAGAGUGCAGUUUACGGUCAUUUCCUUAAGUACCCAGACCCAUCUUUAAAAUAGGAGAAAAGAAAUGGUGCAGAAAUAACUUCAUUUAAUAAAUCCAAAUACAGGUAUGACAAGUAGGUUUUUCUACUUUAUUUUUUUUUAUUCAGUUUUUCACAUGUGGUGCUGUGAGUCAGUGGAGCAUAAUGUCAGAAGCCUGCACUUGGCCUUAUGCUUAUCCUUGGGUAGUAUGUAUGCAGCCUAUGGCUUACUAUGCAUGAUUAAAACAGGUUCAACAUAAAAGAAAAGAGAUACAGCUCUUCAGUGUGAGAGUAACCUGCAGAAAUGAAGUAUGUCCCUGGGUAGCAGUAUUGGACCUCAAUAAAGGAAAGAAGAAACUAACCUGUGCUUUAAAAAGAUCUCAUGUAGGAGUAAGACUUCAAGGUCCUUCUUUGAUCUUUCCUUAACACAUGAUUUUACUUCUCUUGAAAAGAGAAGCACAGUACAUUUUCUCUCACUGUUAGGAUUAUAUUUUUAAGCUUUUUUUUUUUAACUUUCUGAAUACCCCAAAGCAGAGAUUUAUUAAGCAGUUAGAUAUACAUCUUAGUUUUUGAAAACAUGACUUUAGUUUUUAAUAACUUAAUGGUAACAUAGAUUUUCUGCCAAAUGAUUGUAUGGUUCAUCAUCAAAUUGUAUCUGCAAAGCCAGCUGGCUUUCCAGUUGAGUAAUUGCAGUUAUUUGAGAAGAUUAAUAAAAAUGGUUUGUAUUCUAUGACAUUUAGAAACAUAAAACUUGGGCUUUGUCACCAACCAGUUAAUUUCAUUACAUCCCAUUGAGUCGUUUAAGAUGGAGAAAAGGACCUAAACUUGAUGGUUGCUUUAUUUCUACUGGGUGCUUAAUCUGUAGAGUCCCUAAUAGAGGAAUCGACUUGUUUCAUUUAAUGUAAUGUUGAAUUAUGGCACUUUAGAUGUAUAACCAAAUGAAAUUCUACUACCCUCCAUUGCUUAUAUUCACAAUGCUUUGGUCUUCUUUCAUGUAAGUCAUUAACUCAUUAUGGAUCCUGUUGGGGAAACUGAGUCCCUAUCCUUAGUGAACUUUCCUCUUCUUUGCAGCUUUUUCCUUAACACUUUUAUGGGGGGAAGGUGCAUUUUUAUUACUCUCAUCUUUUACUUAACUAUGUUUGGAUUUUAUUAUUUUCCUUUUCUGAUGUAAUUUUUACAUGAUUUUCUUUCAGUGAGGUGGUGGAAUCAAAGUAAGUUGUAAAAUAUUAGACCGUCAGGGAAAGGGACAUUGCUUAGAUGUCAUCAAAAGAUAUUUUUUAUGUCUGUGCUUAGGGGUUUAAUAAUGCCUAAUAAUCUCAGGAAGAUCUGUAGGUCUUCAUUAUGUGCAUGAAGCCUGAUUUGAAACCUGCAGGUGUACCUGCCGAAGGGAAUAUGUGUCUAUUUCUCCAAAAGAAUACUUGUCAUAUUGUAAUUCAAAUAAGGAAGCCAGUUUGUUAUGUAGACAUAUUGUUCAGAGUGCCUAGCUUAUGUAAAUUACAACUUGGAAGAUUUGAUUCCUUAGUUCACUGCUUCCAAUACCAAAAGACCUGUUUUUUAUCCCAUUUAAGAGAAAAGCAUUAGUUGGUGACACUUUUUGCUAUACUCCCAAACAGAUUUGGUGAUCACUUUCUUCCCCAAAUUAAUGCAUAUGUCUUUCAGCUCAGUUCCAUUUCUUUUUGCAGUGAAGUAGGUUACUUUCUUCCAGGAAAGAAUCAGAUCUCUGAAACUAUUUAAAGCUCUUAUGCUUCACCAGAAUUGGUUUUAUUUGCAGGCAUACAUCCUAGUUGCACUUGCAGCUUUAUAUAGUGGAGUGACAGAGACCUCAUGUGGCCAGCAUGGUUAAUUAAAAGUUGACCUUUUCUUUCGCUGAGCAAAGGAAUUCAGGCUAAUGUACCUACCUCUUCUUGUUAAACAUGACCAUCAGUAUUAAUAUAGGUAUCAAAUGAGUAAUUUUCUUAAGCUGGCUUAGCUUCUAAGCAUAAGGAAACUAUGUCUCAUUAGUAAAAAUGGAUAGGAAGCAUUAAUAUAGUGUUGAUUUUAGAGCACAGUAUGGUGAUUUAUUUAAGCCAUUAAGACUGCAUUCUUGAAUGGUUUUCAUGGGUACUAAAUGUGGAAGGGGAAAGAAUUAUUUUGUAGACAUUGUAAUCAUUCCAGAAAAUUUUUCUGUCUGCUUUAUAAGGGCCACCUCAGGAUAACUUAGCAGAGAAAAUGCCUUUUCAGAGAAUAGAAAUUUGAAAGAAAAAAAAUUCAGAAAUUGAGCUAGAAAUUUUUAGAGAAAUCACAUCCAGAACUUAAUCUUAGUAGGGGACUUAAGUAGUUCAUAGGGAAUGCGUUUCUGGUUUAAGAUUGCUGUAUUUAUUCUACCUUGUGAUAGUAGUUACAUAGUGAGUUUAUCCUGUAAUCAUUCUUGUCACCACUUGGGAUCUAUAUGGUAAUUGUAGGUCAUUUUAUUGUAAGUAAUGUGAAGAAUAUUUACAUAAAAGCUGAAUAUCAUAAAAUGAAAUUACCUCCUUAGCCAUUUGAACAUUUUUUAUACCAACUGAGGAAUGGUUGGUUUCUAACGAUUCUUUUAGAGAAGAGCACAAAAGUACACACCUACCACUUGGAGAGAUGAUCGCAGUGGCUGUUGCUACAACAGUACACCAUUCUUGGCACUUGUCUAUUAAAACUUUGGCAGUUAACCAUACCCCCUUACUUCCUGAGAUUCACCUCAGGAUUCACCUGUUUGGCUCAGUUAUGUCUUUGCUUCAAUGAACUCAGCCCCAUACUUCUCUAGGUUUAAAAUUCCUGGGAAUUUUCACAUUUCCUUCAGCCAAAGGCCUACUUAGUGAUGGAAUAUUGUAAAUAGAAAGGGUCUUCAUAGCCUAGAAAUGAAAACUUAGUUGUUAAAGAGCAGACUUCCAUAUCCACACUAGUUUGGCAGCCUUAUUUCCUUGUGUUUUGGGAAUAAUGGUUUACUUUAAUAUUAGGCAACCCUCAAUUAUCUGUGUUUUGCUUUAAUCAUUAUGAUUUCCCAUGUUUCUUUAAAGAGAUAACAUCAUUGGAAAUUUCAGAUAUGGUUUUUAAUGGUGACAAAAAACCAUUUUGAAAGGGAAGUCUAUUUGUCUUAGAUUUCUUUUUCUUAAUUUCCUCAAAUCCACACAAGCUUGUCAGCACUGCCCAGGAGAGUAGAGCUACCUAAAGAAAAAAAAUAGAAACAAUUGUUCUGGUGAAACAAACAUGCUUCUUUUGUUUUCUUUUUAUUAAGAUAUAAGGGGAAAAUGUUUUCAAGAUUUAGGAAUCAUCUAAAAGUGAUAGAGGUGGGGUGGGGCUUGGUAAUGGUAGAGUUUUCUGGGGCAGGUAAACAUUAGCUUUCAAGACUCUUCAUUUGCUGUAGAUCUUAGUAAUUUGCACGUUUUAGAUCAGAGGUCAUUGAAACUCAAAUCACAGUGGAGGAUUAUAGUUUCUUACGUGUUCUUGUUCCUGUGUUUUUAAUGAUAUUCUUCUAAUCAAACUACCUCUGAGAUUUAGUGUUAGUGGUAUUUUGCCUACCUUUAAAAUUAGCCACAAAAGGAAAUAGACUUGAGAUCUAUGACUUGAGAACUUGUUUCUUUGUUUUUCUGGUGUUAAAUGUGAGCAACCCCACAAAGUGCUCUGGAUUGGUUAUCCUAUUAAGAGGUUCACAUUUUCUCUUGUUUAAAAAAUACGCACACUUUCACGAAGAGAAUAGAAAGGAGUUUUGAUAGUAGAUGAAAUUUUGGGUGACCACAGCCUUCUCAGCAAAGUAGAUUUUAAAAUCUUCUGAUAAGAAUCAGUCAGUGUCCCUCGAACUGUGGCAUAGAGGCGUUUGAUAAAGGGUACUUCUUCAGUUCAUGUUUAUUGUCCCAAGUAAAGCCCUC